AUGCAGGAUGAAGAAGACGAAGAAGGCUGGGGCGGAAUACACUCCAGUGACGAAGGAACAAUAGACGGGACGAACAUUCGUGCUCGGCAAGAUAGGAAACAUGCAAAUAGGCCUCCGACACACACCGAGCUCCGUAGCAUCAAGGAAGCUUCGGAAUUAUACAAAUCCAAUGUAUUCAAAUUGGCAAUUGACGCUUUACUGCCAAAUGUCAGACCGAAAGAAUCACGCAUAAAACCACUCGAAGAGUUUCUCCAUAUUUUAUAUACGGUACUCAUGUCGUUGAAGUCUACACCGCCUUCGCAUCCAUCAGAAGCCUCUCGAGCACUUUCGAAGCAAGGGAUAACUGUUCCGUACGCCGCACCUCAACCAACCGCCGAGACGGCUUGGAAAGUCUCUUUCGAGAAACCUAGUGAUAUUGUAAUUGUUGGAAGCUGGGCUACGAAGACUGGUGUUAAGAGUGUUGGUAGUGCGUCUUGGAGUGUUGAUGUUGCUGUGGAGAUGCCUGCUGAGAUAUUUCAGGAGAAAGAUUAUCUUGAUUGUCGUUUCUUCCAUAAAAGAGCUUUCUACCUGGCGAGCUUGGCGUUAGCUAUUCGAUCUGAUGAUAGGCUAAAUGUGGACGUAUCGUAUGACUGCCCUUACGAUGCUCGCCUUACCUCCCUUGUGUUAACUCCUUAUAAUGAUGGCUCGUCAACCGACUUCUCCAAACUGAACGCAUGCGUGCGAUUGCUACCAGUCUUACCUUCCCCCUGCCCCGUUUCGCUCCAUCACUUGUCCCCGACACACUGUAACAUCCGCGUCAAAGUCUCAGACGGCGCCGCUAGUGAUGACAGCGCAAACGCAAACAACGCGUCAACAACGCGCCCCACGCCAAUCUACAACACAGACCUCCUAAUGCACGCCUCAGCACGCACCCCUCUUCUCCAAACACACACUCUCAUAAAAGAAGUCCCUUCAUUCCGGGACGCCCUGGCCCUCUUGCGCGUUUGGGCAAACCAACGCGGAUACGGGCCUGGUUCGAAGGAUAGAGGCGUUGUUAGUGGGUUUGAAGGAAAUGGGUAUUUCUGGACGGGCGUUAUGCAUGUUAUUGUUGUUGGUGAAGAGGACUUCGGGGAGAAGGGUGGGAAGAAGAGGACGUUGAGACGACCUGUUGGGAGGGGGUUGAGUUCGUAUCAAUUGUUUAGAGCUGCUCUGGACUUCCUUGCAAAUCAUGCCUUCUGCGCUCAACCAGUCUUCAUUAAGGGUGGAUCAAGAUUCCCUGCAGAUACGUAUAGUUCCGACGGACCUGUCUUCGUAGACGUCUGCUCUGUUAACAUCGUAGCAGGCAUUCCUGUGACUUCUAUAGACCUUCUUAGGCAUGACGCCAAAAUCACCCUCGAUCUUCUGAACAACGGCUCGCAGGAUAGCAAGGCAGAUCCAUUUAGUGAUGUGUUCCUACGAGAUCGAAGACAGCUGUCGACACGGUUCGAUGUUACGAUACAGGUUGACCUACGACGAAUGACUCUACGAAGAUCAAACCUCGUCGAUAUAUUAGACCACGGUUCACCUUCCCAGCUUGCAAUACACACGCUAAGCUCGAUCCUUCGACGUGCUCUUGGCGAUCGCGUCCAUGCCAUAGGAAUAAACACAACAACGAACGGACUUCGACCUUUAUCGCAAGGAGACGUCUUGCCGCCGCUUAACAAGGUGCAUAUCGGUCUGAUCUUGAACACGGAAAACGCAUUUCGUGUGAUAGACCACGGUCCAGCAGCAUCAGACCAAGAUACCAAAGAAGCUACCGAAUUCCGAGAGUUAUGGGGCACCAAAGCGGAACUCAGACGGUUCAAAGACGGUCGGAUCCUCGAGAGUGUUGUGUGGGAAGUCAAAAGUGCUGAUGACCGUGCGCGGAUCCCUGCGGAUGUCGUAUGCUACAUCCUUUCACGGCAUUUCGGUUUGGAGGUAGAACGAGAUGUGAAAGUGGUGCAAAAGGAUUUUGAACUUGUGCAGAGGGUGGUGUUACCUGGUGCGCAGCCGGGUUUCAAGAACGCGAUGAUGGCGUUUGAUGGGUUGUUGAGGCAAUUGAAGAGUCUUGACGAAGAAAUCCCUCUAGCGAUAUUGAACGUCAGUCCCGUGUCGAGUGAUCUAAGGUAUACGGGUAUCUUCACUCCUACUCCUAUCCCCCCCAAGCAUGCGAAUUCCUUGUCGGUCGGAAUGCGGUAUCUUCCGGCCAUGGAGGUGAUUGUACAGUUUGAGAGGUCAGGAAGGUGGCCGGACGACCUUGGUGCGAUUCAGAAGAUGAAAUUGGCGUUUUUUGAGCAGAUGGCGAGUGCGUUGAUGGGGAAGGUUCCGGGGUUGGUGGCUAGGAUUGUUGUUUGUGAUCCACAGAGGAUGACGAUGACUUCGGAGCGUACGCUUGAUAAUGCGUAUUUGGAGAUCGUUACGAAGGAAGGAUGGGCUUUCGCUGCGCGGAUAUGGCAUGACCGAGAGGCGAUGUUGCUGAAACGCAUUUUGGAGGAUAAAAAGAAACCACGCCCGGUAGCGAACGGUUCUUCAGCAGUAUCUACGCCAGACGGCAGCAAAACCCGCGAAUACCUCGAUAGACAAUCCGCACAAAAAGCAUAUGAAGCAUACGCUCGACGUUAUCUCCACGCACCCAAACACCAUCGUGCUAUUGCGAACUUGUGUCAUCGGUUCCCUGCGUAUGUUGGUACGGUACGACUUGUAAAGCGCUGGCUCACGGCGCAUUGGUUACUUGAAGGGCACAUAAAUGGUGAAGCUGUUGAGUUGUUAUGUGCGUUUGUGUUUGUCGGUAGCACGAAGAACGGUGGAGGAGGGGAUAAACGAUUGGACGUACCUGGGACGAAAGAACUAGGCUUCUUCCGUGUAUUGACGUUCUUAAAGGAAUGGACCUGGGAGGAUGGGUUGUUCGUAGCGCUUUAUGAAACAGACGGAGAAGCCGAGGAAGAGCAAAAAGAAUCCGGCGCCGCGUACAUAAAGGCAGGAUCUGGAAACGGCGUAUGGAGAAUAUCGACAAGCGAGGAUCCUUCUGGUGCGGUCUGGACUGGUGAAGGACCCGAUGCGCUUGUUGCGAGAAGAAUUAAGAUGCUAGCUGGGGCUAGUGUGGAUUAUGUGUUGGCGAAUGAAUGGGAGGGGUUCGUUCCGAAGACGCUUUUCUUGCAUCCCACUGGUGAUUAUGAUAUUCUGAUUCACCUCAAACCUGACGUGUUGUGCCGUACGCAUCAAGCCUUGGAUGUUCGUGAGUCGACGUCGCAGAGGUACGCGAAUAUUCCGACAGCCAGUGGUGAGGACGACGAGCCCCUACGAGUGGACUACGACCCUGCGUUGAUGUACUUCCAUGACCUGAAGCGCAUGUAUCAAGGCACACUCGCAUUUUUCUUCGAUGCGUACGGGGGUGAGGUGAUCGGAGGAGUGUGGGAUCCAGGACUGGUGGGAGUGCCGCGGCCUUUCCGCGUGUUGGCGGAUUAUUCGUCGACGCCGCAGACCGAUGAUGACACGGACACCCGAAAGCGGAAGGCUUCGGCUUCGGUGGUGCUGAACCAGACGACCGUGCUUGCUGAAAUUCGACGGCUUGGAGAGGGGUUGGUGAGGAGUAUUGAGGUGCAGCCAAGGUCUAAGUAG